CAAAAUGGCGACUCCCAUGCAUAGAUUGAUUGCUCGUAGACAAGCGGAGGCUAACAAACAACAUGUUCGCUGUCAGAAAUGUCUGGAAUAUGGCCAUUGGUCUUAUGAGUGCACAGGGAAAAGAAAGUACCUUUAUAGACCUUCCAGGACAGCGGAGUUGAAAAAGAAACUCAAAGACAAAGAGAACAACACCUCAAACGAGACGGGACCUGGAAUAGUAUCUCUAACUGAGAAAAAGACUAAGAAAAAAAGGACCUCCUCCAGUUCCAGCAGUAGCGGCAGUGAUUCCUCCCACUCUUCAAGCGACUCUUCCUCUGACAGCAGUGAUUCGUCCAGCUCCUCGUCCUCAUCUGAAGACAGCAGCAGUGACAGCGAGGACAGUUCCAGCUCAUCUUCCAUGUCCUCUUCCUCCACUUCUGACUCUGAUUCAGAUUCAACCAGCAGUUCUGACCACAGCCCACCAAAAAAGAGAAAAAAGAAGAAAUGAGGCCCUGUUUCAUCUAAUUCAAACACAGAAGUCAUAUCACACACUGACAGUACUGACAACAGCUUGGUGAAGUUAAAAUACCCCAACAAAAUGUCUUCUCUGCCUCCUUUCCUCCUCUAGGACAUGUAUUGACACACAGGAUAUGAGGGCAGGGUGGACACAGUAGCUUGUCACUUUCCUUUGUCCUUUUGAGUGAUAUGUCAAGACUAUAAAUUAUUAUGCAGUCACACAUCAUUUAUUUAUAGUGACACUUGUUGCUUUAUUAUACGUCCUAUUGACCAUAAACAAUCCAUUUUUGAUUCUCUGCUGUUAGGAUGUGCAUUAUUGUACUUAAAUGACUGCUUACAGAUAUUAAAGGGAUGCAUAUUGAAAGGGACUGGGACAAUAUUUUAAGAACUAUAGUCUUAAGAAAUGUUUUCUUUAUUCAGAUUUUUUAAGAAUAACAUGCCCUUUGUGAGAUGUCAAUAUAUCAAAGAAUUAGAUUAAAUGCUGUGAAAUUUACCAUUUCAACAAUAAUGUGUAUGUACUGAUAUAAAAGCAGAAUCCUGUUUUCAAAUAUCAAUAUAUUUUUACAGGUCAACAUGUGUACAUAAACUAAGGAAUGGAAUAAUAAUAUUAAUGGUUGAAGGA